AGUAAUACUGGCUUUAGAGAUGACACUGGCUUUUGGGAUAAUACUGGCUUUAGGGUAAUACUUGCUUUGGCUUUAGAGGUGAUACUUGUUUUGGUUUUAGAAGUAAUAUUAGUUUUGGCUUUAGAG